AUGUCGAAAGGUACAUCAUCCUUUGGAAAGUGUCGCAAUAAGAUGCACAUGCUGUGCUGCCACUGUGGCUCUAAGGCCUACUACCUUCAGAAGUCGACCUGUGGCAAGUGUGGCUACCCAGCCAAGCGCAAGAGAAAGUAUAACUGGAGUGCCAAGGCUAAGAGACGAAACACUACCGGGACUGGGCGGAUGAAGCACCUGAAAAUUGUCUAUCGAAGAUUCAGACAUGGAUUCCAUGAAGGGACAACACCUAAACCCAAGAGGGCAGCUGUUGUAGCAUCCAGUUCAUCUUGA